AUGCAUUAAUUUUAACCCAACUAACUCUUCUUUGACUUCUAUUCAUCAAUGAAUUACUGGAAUACAUAUCAGAAUCUACAAAACUCUUACUAAAAUAAUAAUUAUUACUAAUAGAUAGUAUUUGCUUAACCUUAAACUAACCCUUAUUAUCUUUAAAAAGUUCCAUAAAAUAUAUAAAAAGGUAUUGCUUCCUUUUAAAUAUAUACUAGCAUAUUAUUAUGAAGACCCAAUUUCUACUUAAUGUACUAGAAGAUCAAUUUUAGAGCAUUAUGAUGUAAAACAAUAAAUCAAUCAUGAUACUCUUGAACAAUAUAUAAUGAUGAUUAUAAAUGAAGAUGAAACUUUUCAUAAUAUAAUAACAAACCUAAAAAAUAGCAAUUAGAUUGUUUUAUUUAAUCUGUUUGAAUUGCUUGUUUAAAAAUUAAAAUCUUAAUAGAAAAGUAGAGAAGAACUUAUUAAAUUUUGUUUGAGAAAAGCAUUGAAAUUUAUAUUCUAAAGAGUAUAAGAAAAAUAUGAUAAAUCAAGUAUUACUUUUAUUAUAUUCAUAGAAACUAAUUUGAAAUCAGCAAAAAAAAUAUUUAUGUCAAUUGUGGAGAAAGAAAUAUAAACUAAUAUUAUACUUCCAUUCAGAAAAAAUAGCAAAAAUAAAACAAUGAAUUCAGAUUUUUUAAAAUAAAUUUUCUCUUCUCAAACAUUUGUUAUUUACUAUAAAGAAUAUUUAUGUAUAAUAAUUACUUAUUUUAGGUUGUUUAGAAUAGGAAAUACAAAAGGAUUCCAAAAAAAAGAUAGCAUCCCUCUGUAAUAAAAUUAUGAAUCAUUUUCAUGAUGAAAAAAAUGUAAUUAAUCCUGUAUAAACAAUUUAUAGUUUGAAUUUGAUGUUAAAAGAUUACCAUGGUCUCAUUCAAAUGUAGAAAAGGUUAAACAGACUGCUUAAGAAAUGUUACUUUAUUCAAAUUUUGAGAUUAAAUGA